AUGAUUGCAGUUGCUCGAAAAUGGAUUAAAGAGUCAUUGAUCGACAGGCUGGUUGCGCAGCAAUUAGCUUAUCGAAUAGAAAAAACGGUCGAAGAUCGAGUAACGACGCAGCUUUGUCGCCAGAAGCGCCCGCAAAUCAUGAGGAAGAAACAGGAGUUCUCACGAUUGGAGCGAAAGAGAAGAGCCGAGCUGGCCAAGACGGAGCAGGAUGAAUUGGUGGACAAAAUAAAAAGAAGAGUAGUUCCAACAAAAUCGUCCUCGUCAGAAUCGCCCUCAUCAUCAUCUUCUGAAUCGGUGACGUUGUCAUCGUCGGCUACGUUGUCUGCGUCCGCGACGUCUGCGUCGUCUAUGACGUCUGCCACAUCUGCGACAUCAAUGCCUUCGCUUGAAAUUUUACAGGAUGAGGCAAUGGAUUUGUUAACAUUAUCGUCAUCAGCAACGUCAACGUCAUCAUCAACAGCAACGUCAUCGUCAUUAUUAACAGCAACAUCCACAUGCUGUCAAAGAGAAGAAGCGCAAGUUGAUGUGCCACUCGAUUUGACUACUACUAUAAGUAAUAAUAACUACUAUAGAAAUAAAGAAAUAUUCCGUUGGUGA